AUGGGCGUCAGCACCCGAAGACCGCUUCUGCCAGCCCCUACAGAAUCAUCCAUUGUCGACACCAGUGGUGGCAGCGUCACAGGCACAGAUUUGGGAACUGACUUAUCUCGCCGCACAGACAAGACAAGUUAUUCGAUUCCCGACGACGGGAGUCCCGUCAUAAUUCCCACCCGACGGAAGCACCGCUCCCGCGGUGAGGACACCAAACUGUCUCGCUCAGCGCAUCACUCCCAGACCUCCCUACUCAUCGAGUACUUCGAGGGUGGGAAGGGUUCUGGUGGUACUAGUAUAGUUUCCCGUCCUAGUGUCCGCGUCCGAGUCACUCCCUCGUCGUUCGCGAAGAAGUCCAAGGAACCAAGUGUCCACAUCACCGACUCCGCUGGAAACCGAAAACCAUCAUAUUCCCGUCGCAUUUCCCUAGGUUCUCCAUCAAAGCAAAAGUCAGGUGGCGAGGCUGCUGGCGAUGAUCUGAGCUAUACCUCUUCGGCAGACGAAAAUCAGAAUUCCGGCCCGGUGGAGAUUGAGCUUAUGAAUCGUGAUCAAGGAAGUGAGCUUUCAACUCGCAGGUACCUGCCAGCAUCCGACAUCUCUUCGAUGCCUGCGGAUAGCAUGCUCGAAGCUCCAUCUUCUGGCCCAGCUCCACGACGAAAGCGCAGUCAAAGCCUGGAAAGGGCGCUUGAAGAACCCGAGCCCGAGGCUGAUCCCAAGGAUUUUCUCAAAACUCCAAGUCGCCAAAGAAGCCGCAGUUUGAGCACGGAGAGGAUUGCUCAACGCGCCGCGGAAAAGGUUAGCAACUACUCUCGCGACGCCUCGAACAAACGCCGGUCGGAUAAAAAUCGAGGCAUCGCCGCCGACUACCAGGAAAGAGAAUCGAAGCCAUCGCGCCGUCGAAGUAAAAACAAAGAAGACGAUAUGGCGAGCCCCGAGUCUAGCUUGCUCAGUGCUUCCGGCGUUUCAUCAAAUCGCCGCUCUGGCGGUCCAUAUGACUUCCGCGCCAACACAUCUAAGUCUUCCUUGAACAAUCCGAAACUCCUUGAAACCGUCGAAGAUGCCAUCCGGAGGUUGAUUUUACCAGAACUUAAGGAGCUGAAGAAGGACCAGAAGGUGAUCACCAACACAUCAAAAUUCGAACGCGAUUUGAGCAAUUCAUACUCUCCGGCAAGCUCUGAAUCCCGCGAGGGUGGUCUGAUGAGGCGGCUUUCCAAACAUGCAAGUGCGCCAAACGUUCGGAAGCCCAAGGUUGUCCUCAACAGAGACAGCAGAGAUGAAGGCAUUGUUCUUGCAGAUGACUCUGUUUCGUCCCAAAAAGGCCGCAGGGCUAGCCGAGAUAGUGAGAUGACUUCGGACACAAGUUACAUCAAAGGCCUUCGACCAGAGCCGAGCGACCAGGACAUGGUACGCCGGCACAGAAGCAAAGGUCUGCGAGAUGCCGAGAAAGCUGGUAUUGUCGGCAGCCGUCUAACCGCGAACAACCUCAAGCACCAUGACUCGCGUUCGAGCAUCGACAAAUACGAGAGCCAAAAAGACAGCGAACCCAAGAACAUCAAUGAGACCGAACUCGUGUUUCAAAAACAUAAUGUCGCUCCAAUGCCCUUCCGCAGUGCACUUGAAUCGGAUCUCAUGACAAGAGACUCGAUCCUCUCAGAUCAAACAGUAGAACCUGAACAUCCAGGUUCGCGAAAUGACUUGGGGCUCAAGCACAGCAAUAUGUCCAGUCAUAACAUAUCUGUUCACAGUUUCUCCGACCAGGGCCGCGAAUGGAGCCAUUCGCCCUCUAUCGAAGGCGCGGCUGGCACUAUUGCUGCUGCCGCCGCCGCCAAUCUCUUGGACACGCACUCCGACCAUCGUGAGCUCGGCUAUGGUGACCAUCUCAACGCCAGGCGCGCUCUCAGUCCCAUCCAGAGUGUGGCCAGCAACCAGAGUGAAUCCCAUGUCCGUCAAGAUUCAACGCAACAUGUUCCACAGGAGUAUUCCGGAGACGAGAGGGAUAUGGAGCCGAGACUCUCUAUCGAAUCCCUCUCAUCUGCUCCUAGUACGAGCCUUGCACGGUCCCAACGCCCAGCCGGUUUCACCGAGAGCCAGGAAGAAAUCUACAGAAACCAGAAGGGAACCGGUGUGGAGCUUGGUUACGAGGGUUCCUCUGUGCGAUCUCCACAGUCACCCAGAGAGCGUCAUUGGCAAGAAGAGUCAGACGAAGAAGGGGAUGACUAUCGACACUCUCUCGCGGAAACCGCAAGCAUUGAGCCUCGGAACAUGGCCAAUUACACCGACGGCAGUGAAAGUGAUUUCAUUGAAAAAGCAAACCAGGGCCGCCCAGUUGGCGAAGGUGUCGCUGUAAACCCUAAGUUUAUUCACCCGACAGCCGUCGAGUCAGCUGUGGCUUCAGUUCUUGAUCCCUCAAUCUUGGAUACCAAAUCCAACCAAUCUGGAGCAAGCCAGUCGCGCUCAAACACCUAUGUACAGAACGAUUCUGGUAGCACGAGGUCCUUAGGACAACUAAACGACCCAGCUCAAACUUCUCGCCAGGGAAGCCCCCUAAAACAACGAAUGGAUGCUUCGAGUCCAGAUGCAACAUCCUUCCCCAGGCGCAUGGGCGUCACUUCCCCGCCCCAAAGCGUCACACAGUCACUGGAUGACUUAAACGACCCGGUAAAAUUGCAUCCGGACCAGCACGUUGAAAGCUCAAGUCCUCUUCCCGAAGACCGUGAUCUAAGCCCCGAAGCCGAAUCCGAAAUAAACACAAAUCCAUCCAUUAUACAAGGCCCUAUUGGGGGUGUCCCUCAAGACAGUUCUUGGCCAUACGAGCCGACGAACCGCGGUCAGUCGCCCCUUUUUGACGGCUCUAGCCCUGUUGCCGCUGCUGCAGGCGCUGGUCUCGCCUAUGCUUCUGCUAGAGAAGCCGACCACGACCCUGAUUACUACCCUGAGGAUGAUUACGGUGCCGACGCCUACCAGGACCAGCAGUACGCAAAUGGGGGUGUGUUCAGCACGCCGCCUGGGGCUAAGGAUGAAGGAUACGUGUCAGCAGCCAACCCCAUUUCCCCAAGCCCUGAACCAGGGACAAAGGGGUUCGGCGGAAUUGAUACUAACGGUCUCGGCUUGUUUGAUAGCCCUCCGGGCGCCGAUGAUUCCUUUGGACCAUCACAUCAGCGACACUUCAGCGGUUACUCCCAUGGAGUUGGAUCGCCUUUGUAUGACAGUGCAACAGGACGCGGAAUCGAAAGAAUUCAGUCCAAAGAUAUCGUUGCACUCAUGGACCACCUCACAGUUCGCGAUGCUCAGCGAAAUGCUCGAGACACAGAGAUCCUGGUGACUCUGGUCCGAAGUGCCGCUGAAAUGCGUAAUUCGUUCGAGGAGAUGAAGAAGUUCAUUUCCCAGCAGGAUGGUAUGCUGCAAGAUGCCAACGAGCGACAGCACGAACGGACAUACAAAGCCAUUGGCGGGCCGCGUCCGCUACCGAUUAAUGGUAAUAGGAGCGCCCGUCAGGCAUCCAUGGAUGAUGGGGAAGCGAAGCGAAAGAACGUGUUCAAGCGUGCGCUGAAGGGGCUUAGUCUUAAGUCGGGCAACGACCUGACAAGAAUCGAGGAGAUGCUGGAACAGCUUCUUGAUGAGAUGGAUUCUCUGCGAACUAGCCAAACUGACAUGCUACGGAGCGGAAACCGAGGCCCAGCCAGCGUUGAUCUUGACGGCUACGAGCCUGAGGGACAUGCCGGCACGUCUUCUCCUGGUGAUCACUCUGGGUUCCUUUCCAACUCCUCUCGAGCUGCUGCUGAACCUCGUGGAACGCAGAGGGGCAUCAACACUCGCGUCAGCACAGUUCCGGAGGCGGACGAAGAUGAAGAGGCUGACGAACGUGGGGAUUUCUUGAGCCCGCAGCUGCCCUUGCAAGAGACUACGGAUACGCAAAGGGAGAGAGCCGGGUCUGCGCCACUCUCGACUCCUCCACGGGCAGCAGUUGCCUCAGGAGGCCUGAGCCACAGCAAUGAGACGACGCCGAAGACGAACGAGAAGUCCCGAAAACACAAGUCUAGUAGCUCGUCCUUCUUCCCUAAGAUCUCUCGCUGGUCAAGGACCACAGCGUCAUCCAUGGGAGACAACAUCCGCAACAGCAUGCAACCUGGUCGUAAAGAGCGUGUGUCCUUCGAUACAUCGCGUUCCGGAUCCGACCUUGAGCAUAAUGUUUACAAGUCGCCCAAUUACUACGACCCUCAAGGUGAUGACAGAAUCCGCUCAAACUACACCCUCGACGAAGGGUCGCCUCAGCAGGAAAACCGACCACCCUCACCGUUGGUUCCAUCUCAAGUCUCCGAGGCCCCCAAGUAUCGAGCACACCGUGGUAGCCUGGACUUGCAGCACCCUCAGCCACGCCAGGGACCCACUGGUCGAUACCAGACCCAGCUAGAGUCGCAGGCACAAAUCUAUGGGACAUCCGGCAAUCACUCAGAUCAGUGGGGAUCAAACCCAAGCUUCUCCGCCCUCAAUGGGAACCGACGAUCCAGCGGUGGAAGCCGCCUCUCUCCCAUCUCUGACGCGGGCUACUCAGAAACCAGCGGGCGAUCCUCGCGACAGGGACCUCCACGACCACCAAAGCUCAAGGACGAUGGGCCUCUAUUCCCAGAGAGACCGCCUAAGAUCAAGGAAGGCGAAGAACAGUCAUAUGCGGACCGCGUUGCUUCACGGAGCUCUGCUAUGCAGUCUCCACACAACACGCCGCCCACCCGAAAGCCGACUGGGCCUCGUCCUCUGAACUCAAACAGCCAAUACAACAGCCCCAACAGGAGAAGGCGAAACUACCGCGACAGCCCUGAGCAAGUUGAUGACGAGCACGACUACUAA